UUUCGCGCGCAUCCGCUGAGGGGCUGCGGGCAACUGAAAACAAUUGGAUGAAGAUUCCAAUUCAACUCUUUUUACGGUCCUCAAGACCCCCGCGAUCUGCUCGACAGCUCUCUGUCCUCGGCUUUCGACCUCGAACCAUUUGCUCAACCCACAGGCGCGUCACGACUGCUGCUGCCACUGCUGCCACUGCCAUUACUACCCCGCCAUCGCUCACCACCCCAUCCCACUUCAAGUCCAACGAACCACAAGAAUCCGACGCCAUGGCACCCAAAGGCCUCAAGUUCGAGCUCAAGACGCCCAAAGGAACCCGCGAUUGGCAGGGCCGCGAUCAGGUCAUUCGCGACAAGAUCUUCAACACCAUUACCGAAGUCUUCAAGCGCCACGGCGGUGUCACGAUUGAUACGCCUGUGUUUGAAUUGAAGGAAAUUCUCUCCGGCAAAUAUGGCGAGGACAGCAAGCUCAUCUACGACCUGGCUGAUCAGGGUGGCGAGAUCUGCAGUCUCCGGUACGAUUUGACGGUGCCCUUUGCCAGAUGGCUUGCCAUGAACAAGGACGUCACACAGAUCAAGAGAUACCACAUCGCGAAGGUCUACAGAAGAGACCAACCCGCCAUGACCAAGGGUCGCAUGCGAGAGUUCUACCAAUGCGACUUCGAUAUAGCCGGUCCCAAUUACGAUCCAAUGCUCCCCGAUGCCGAGAUCAUCAGGAUUAUCAAUGAGGUAUUCGAUGCUCUAGGCUGGAAGGGAACAUUCACUAUUAAACUCAACCACCGAAAAAUCCUGGACGGAAUAUUUGCAGUUUGCGGUGUGCCCGAGGACAAGGUCCGCACAAUCUCGUCAGCAGUGGACAAGCUUGAUAAAUUACCUUGGGCGGAUGUCAGGAAAGAAAUGACAGAUGAAAAGGGUCUCGACGCCGAGGUGGCAGACCGCAUUGGUCAAUGGGUUGUCCAAAAGGGCAAGCGCGAUCUCUUGGAAAAGCUGCGGGCCGACGAGAAGCUCUCUGGAAACGCUUCAAUGAAACAGGGCAUGGACGAUCUCGAGGUCUUGUUCGACUAUCUUGAGGCUUUCAAUGCUUUAGGCCCAGUCAGUUUUGAUCUCAGCUUGGCUCGCGGGCUCGACUACUACAGCGGAUGCAUAUGGGAGGUCGUCACAGAAGGAUCGGCUCCUUCACAAACACCGGCGGCCGAGGAGGUGGUUGCGGCUCCGAAGAAGAAGGGCAAGAAGUCGACAACAAACCCAGACGACGAUCGUUCCGACGACCCUGCCAUCGGAGUAGGUAGUGUGGCCGCGGGUGGCAGAUACGACAACCUUGUAGGCAUGUUUUCAGGACGAGGCGACAAAGGUCAAAUCCCAUGCUGUGGCAUUAGUUUCGGCGUGGACCGCAUAUUUUCAAUCAUUAAGACGCGCAUGGAGGCAGACAAGACUGCUGCAGCAGUUCGUCUGAAUGAUGUUGAUGUAUUUGUCAUGGCAUUCGGUGGCGCUGGAUUCAAAGGACUGUUAAAAGAGCGCAUGUCUAUCGCUUCGACACUCUGGGACGCCGGUAUCAAGGCUGAGUUUCUUUACAAAGUCAAGCCUAAGUUACAGAACCAGUUCAAGGCUGCAGAGGUCAACGGCGUCCCAUUUGCAGUCGUUUUAGGAGAAGACGAGCUCGCCAAUGGAAAGGUGAAAAUCAAGGAGAUGGGUCUAAGCGAUGGGCACCCCGAAAAGGAGGGUGUACUGGUUGAUAUCGCUAACAUUGCAGAGGAGGUCAAGCAGAGACUGGCGCGCAAGAAGGAGCUAGAUGGGCUUACAAUGAAGGCCGGAGGACUGCGAGUAGUGCACGGAAUCAGAGGCGACGAGGUCAGCGCAGGCGAGACCGCUGCAGUUGCGAAGCAGGCUGCACCUGUCGAUGAUGGCAAGCAACCGGAGCAGGAACAGCCGCAACAGCAAUGAUCGUCGAGUACACUGUUACCUAACCCGCUCAAGAACAUGAAGAACAAAAUAAAUGUGAGACAAGUACCGCCUUUGAGUGUGGGAGGGAUGUGUGGCUGGGCGGCCAACGUGUGGCUGCACACGGAUCGGAACUGCUUGAUUCCCAUACAAGACUAUAUGCAUCUUUCUCCCACCUUGGUAUCAAUCAUCACAAGUCAAUUCAUAAAGCUUACACUACAGGAGGAAUAAACGAACAGUACAGGAAGUGGUCUAGUUGGCCUCAAUCACGUACAUACAUGCUCAUCUCAUGUAGUGUUUGCAGCAAGUUCAUCCCAUCUUUGCUAGUUUGCUGCAUGCGAAAAGCCACAGAAACAAACUAUAUAGAUCUUUGGUUCUGCAUUAUGAUUGGUCGAUCAGAUAACUUGAGCUUGCUCUAGGUCACAUCUCACUUGCACAGCUCAACUCGUGAUAUUGCUUCAAUUUGCU